AAGGCCGUCAAGAUCUCAAGGUCAAGUCACAAGAAGCAAAGAAAAUUUGAUUUGUGAAAAGUUGUGUAGGGUUUUGAUUUUGGAUUUUUAUAGUUUUUCAACGAAAAGAAAAAAUAAAUAUUUUCCAUAAUAUUCUCUAUUUGAAAAUUUACAUUCAUAAGCUCUUUAAUUAUUUAUUGGGUUUUCCUUGCAUUUAUAUUUUCUCUUUCACCCAUUAUUCAAGCUGAUUCAAGUGUUUUAUAAAACUGGAACCAGUUUAGUUUUAGGUUUAUUUAUUCCCAGAAGAUUUAUUAUUAUCUAAAAUGUCAGAUUUAAACGAAGAGUUUUUAAAUGAUGAUGAUGGAGAUUGUCCUGAUGUAAAUGAUAUAGAUGAGGAAGCUUUGCUGCAAGAUGAUGAAGAUGUUCUCAAUCUGAUACCAGAAGAAGAUGAAGCUAUCAAUGAAUCGGUUGAAGAUAGCAGUAAUACUGUGGAACAAGAAAAUAUAAGAAACGAGAGACUUAAGUUUUCAAAUGAACGUCAGAAAAUUACAGCACCCGACCCACCAAUAGCAAAUAGUCAAGGAAGAGAAAGAGGUACCCAAAGCUAUAGGCGCAGAGGUGGUGGCCCAAAUUAUGGACGAAAAUUUUAUAAUCGGAACCAGCAUGGCAAAAACAAAACAGUCCUUAUAAAUCCAAGAUUUCAGGGCAUUGUGCAUGUGAACAAUAAUGCACGUUUAGCAUGGGACCGUGCAUCAAAUGUUAAUCCUUGGCAUUCUGGUAAUGCAGGAAAUUUGUCAAAUAUGGGUUCUUCCAUGCAACCACCAUCAAACAUUCCUAUGCAAAAUAUGUCAGAUCCCCAUGGUAAUGCUGUAGUUGCUGGACAUCAUUUGCAAUUUGUACCUCCUCAACAGCAAACAUUUAUACCUGUUGGUGUUCAUCAACAAGCUCCAAUGCAAAAUAUACAAGUUCCUCCGUAUUGGGAUGGAUCAAACAACCAGUACACACCAGUACAGGUACCCAAUCAGUGGUCAUAUCUACAACCACCCCAAGUUGAGAAAAUGGUACCAAAUAAUUAUCAGACACCUUCACCUAUCAUCAUUAACACUAGCCAGCCACCACCUCCAUUACCACAGUCAAAUAUGUAUCAACAACCUGUAGAUCAAUAUCGCAUACAACCCACUUUGAAUGUAGUACCACCACACAACCCUAAUUUACAAAAUAACAGUUUUAAUAUGAAUACAAAUCGAAUGAGAAAUUACAAUCAAGCUCCUAAGUUUAAACCAAUGAAAAGAAAGAUAGGGGACAAUUUUAGUUUUGCUUCCAAAAAGUUAGUUCAUGAACGAUUAGGAGUUGUAAAACCGCCACAAAGAAAUAUUAAGGUAUUGAAAGUAGAAGAUCGAGUACCUGUAGUAAGGGAAGUUAAAGUGACUAAUGUUACUACUGUUAAAAUUGAGGACGAUGACCAAACCAGAGAUCUUCGAUUGAAAAUUGAAGAACAGAAAAGGAAGAGGGAGGCGAUAUUACAGUGGAAAGAAAAAAGAAGAUUGGAAAAUCUGCGUGAAGUUGAUUCCCAAAAUGAACCCCAAACUAUUCCUAAAGUGGAAAACGUUAAAGUAUCUUUUAAUCAACAAGAAUUUAAACCGAAAAUUCCGCUGAUACAAUCGAUUCAGAAUCGUGGCGUAAAAAAGCAUAUGAAAUCGGGCAACAAUAUAAUUAUAACUAAUGGUUACUCUAGGAAAUUUACUAAGUAUCAAAAGAACUCUAUGAACAAUCGAGUACCGAUUACCAAGACGGUCGAGCAACCUGUAAAUGUUAAACAGGAACCAGAUUUACAAUUGGACGAGAAGCAUUUAUCAAGUUUUCUUGCGGAUAGAAAGAUUUUGGCUAAAGAUGAAACAUUGAUGUCUACUCGAAAGGUUGUGAUUAAAAAUAUCUCGACCAGUACCAGAAAUAAUAAAAUAUUUCAAAUAUGUAAGAGUAUCGGGGAAGUGCAGAUGUAAGUCGAGAUGUUUUAGAAGAUAUUCUUAAGUUUAUUAAAAGUUGACUGUUGAUAUCCUAUAUAAUAUAUUUUAUGUCAUAUCAUAAAUUUAUAUUUUAUAUGAGGGUGUAUUCGAACAUUAUGCAAGUCCAUUAGUUUGAUUUUCAACCAUUCUUAUUUUUCAUUUACACUUGCAUAAAUGUAUUAAAUAUUGCAUAGGUUAUAUUACUGCUAAAUACAAAAAAAUCAAAACAUAACAGACAGUUUAUUAGUGCUACAAAAUUGAAUUUGUUUUAACAUCUUUUUUAUUUAUAUUAUUUCAUAUAUAAUCAGGAAAUUAGACUAAAUUUCCUGAUUAUAAAUUUGAAAUUAUAUUAGUUUACUAGACAUUUGGAAUACUUAAUAUGGUCUUAUCCAACGACCGAAUAGUAUAUGGGGUGUUUCAAAAAACAUGUGCCAUCUCUUGUGGGGAGAUUCCUCAGGUAAAAAUAAGAUUUAUUUUUUAUUUCAACAUAGGUCCGAUUCUGCUUUGUUUCGUAGCUAGAGAGUGUUAAAGUAAAACUAGUGAUCUUAUACAGGGCGUCCCAAUAUUUUGUAGACAUAGAACUACUACGUAUUUUUGGGAUCAAAAUAUGUACAUUGGGUACAAGUCACAUCUAUUAGGCAACGGUCCAUCUACGUCGAAACAGCGGUUCCCAUGAGAACACCGAAGUUAAGCGACGUAAGGCGAUACUAGUGGAUGGACGGGUGACCGGUUCGAAAAUCUGUUUCGUGUUGUUGUCCAAAAAAAGGCAAAAGUGUAAAAUCUAUUGGCACACACUGCACAUUCACUCCGGUUCCAGGCCGGACCAGAUAGGAUAUCUCGUGAGUAAGAAUCGAUUUGGACACUUGCCAAGCCGGUAGGCCAUUGACCAUGAUAUGACCGAGGACCGUGGUUCGGAUUCCGCGUAAAACAAAGUAUGCCCCGUCCAGGUUAGCCCUGGCAGCAAAAAGGAGACGUUAACUGAAAUCUUUACUUUACUUUUUUACAUCUAUAAAAAAUGCUUCGUUUUUCCGUUAGAGGGCAUCAAUCAAAAAUAAACCUGAAUGUUAAUUAAUUUAAAAUAUAUGAACCACCGGUCGGUGGAGUUGGAAAUUAUUUCUACUAGAAUUUAUGUAGGUGUGAGGGUGAUGGUCUUCACCCUUCCUGAUUUUUUUCGUGAAUUUUGUGAAAAUCAAAUGUUAAAGCGUUUGGCAAAACAUAAGCACCCUGAAUCUCAUUCAAAUCGGAAUAACGGUUCUUAAAAAUAUCUUUAAAAAUGUAUUUUUUUUUAAGUUUGAUGCCCUCUAACGGACAAACGAACGACUUUUGCAUAGAUGUAAAUUGUGUCCAAUGGACUUAUUUUAAUUCUAAAAAUAUAUAGUAGCUCUAUGUCCACGGAAUUUCAGGACACCCUGUAUUUUGUAUAUUCUCUUUAAUCAUUAUUGAAGUAAAUAUUUAAGUAAAAUAAAACGUUUAUGGAGAAUCAAUCCAAACCAAACCAAACCAAAGGAGAUUGAUAUUUUUAAUGGAAGAACAUUUAUUUGUUUCGAGGCUGUUUUGAAAACAAAAUCAAUUUUGUAUCACUUUAAUGAAUUCCAUAAUAAUAUGGAUUUUUUUUAAAGUUUAUAUUCAAAUUAAAUUUAAAAUUAUGUUUGUUUAUACUGUUACCUACAAAAUUAUUCGUUUUAAAAUUGGUCUAAAUCUGUUUUAAUUUUAUUAUAAGAAAAUGAAAAGUUAAUUUGUUUAGAAUUUAUUUAGUUUUGGGGCAAUUUUUUUUGGUUAUGGGAGGGGUUGCCGUUAGGUAUCCGUUAUACGAGUGUAUAUUACUAAAUUUGGAAUGACUUUAUUAUUUUGGAAAAACAGUUUAUAUAUUUUAAAUUAUGUAUUUUGUUUAUUUACACAUUCAGAAAUUAUACAUUUUAAGUACAAAGAUAAAUAUCUUUUAAUACAUUUAUAAUUUUUUGAGAAUAUAUUAUUUAUAAUCGAUGAUAAAUAAAAUAAAUAGGUAUUUUGUAAAACUUCUUCAACUACUUUGGAUUUUGCAUAUCAUUAUGUAAUAGGCUGUGCAUUGUAAGGGUACCAACAUAGUGGCGCAUUUUAUCCCGCCGCGAUGCUAGCCACGAUGCCUACAUCGUGGCGAGCAUCGCGGAGAAAUGAAAUGCUCCACUAUGUACCCUAAUUCUUAUAUUGAUAAUUAAAUAAUAGAAGUAUUAAUUAACAAAAACUGAUUAUUUUGUCAUUCAAUUAUGAUUUUGUCAUUCAAUUAUGAAUGCAUGUCGAGCGUCAUUAUUUCUAAAAUAAGUUGACCUCAAUUGACAUCAUAAUAUUCUAAAAAAAAUUAUGCAGGUUAUAUAAUAAUAAAUAAUACAUAAUAUAAGUAGUUACCUCUGUUAAGGCUGUAAUUAGAAAUUUAAUGAUUACUGUAACAUAAUAUAACAGCAAUAAUAAAUUAGAAAAAAAUCGAAUGAUAAACCAAAUUUUUAAAC